CCUUUAGAAUAUCACGAGACUUACCCUACAGCCUAUUCAACAGAGUCCCUCAGCUGGGGACCACCUUUUCCUACAUCACGUUGAGAUCAAUGAGGCACCCGUCCCUUCUCGUCCAUACACAUUCCAAUGCCGUCAAGCGCACGCUCUCAUGUGACUUGUGCAGGGUACGUAAGGUCAAAUGCGUCAAGACUGGUCAAAGCAAAUGUCAAGGAUGUCUAGGUUUGAAUCGAGAGUGUGAGUUCACGCAUGUAAGGAAGAAGCCAGGACCAGUGAAUAAAUUCGCUCGUCCCUCACAGCAGUCCCACCAGCCGCUGUCAACCGCUCAUCCUGCAGCUCAUCUACUGACUACGACACAUUUCGCACCUUGGGAGUCGCCGCUGCUCACGCCAGUCCAUCAACCUCUAUCAGCGCCGCCAAUCAUGUUCAAUCACAGUUCGAUGCCUGCCUCGCAAUUCCACGAGAAUCCAUACCUGCCCUUCUCCGCUUCACUCUUACUACCUGAGGGGGAUCAAUCGAGACAUGACGUCCCCACUAGACUGAAUACAGGAGCUUCCGCAAGCUGUCUAGACGCUCAUGCGCACAUAGCGCCCAUGCUGCUGGAGGAUGGACGGAUGUACAGCUUAUCACCAAGGGCCUACAGAUCACCCAAUACCAUUGAUGACAGCUCCAUGUGGGCAGUGUCAGACCCAAGGCCCAGGCUGGAAGACAUCGUCUCAUGGGAUGUAGCUAGGCGAAUCUUGGACGAAUAUCAUCUGCAUCUAUUCCCCCUCAUGCCCAUUGUGCACUGGCCAACAUUCAACCAACAGCUGGAGAAUCGAGUCGACGAGCACUCCGGGGUGUUCCGAGCGUUCCUCUUCUCACUGAUCUCUUACAGUGUUAUCCAAUUGCCUCGAUCCACCCUGGGUUUUCUCAACGUCGAGCACUUGAGGAGACUGCAUCAGGAAUGCCAUCGCGCGAGUCAGGUGCUAAGAAACAGGGACUACAAGCAUGUCACCUUGGUAGACAUCCAAACCCUGUACUGCGACCACGUCUACCUCGGUAGUCUAGGCGAUCAGUCAGCCUCUGUGGUUGCACAAGCCAAAGCCGCGGCGCUGAGCAGUCUCCUCAACCUCAAUGAUGAAGAGAAAUGGCCUCAGGAGAUGACGUCGCCCGUCGAGCGAGAAGUGAGACGCCGAGUCUUUUGGCUGAUGUAUGGUUCAGAUCGUACUGAUACUGCAUUGGCGAAUGGGCCAUUCUUCAUACCGGAUGAAGAGCUCAACAUCUCGUUACCUCUCGCGGUGGAUGAUCAAGCUCUCCAGACAUCACCGACUGAUGAAUUUCAACCUCAAGUUUCAUCCUCGAAUCAGACAUCCAUUCUCGCUGGAUUUCACUACAACUCUCGACUUUUCCGACUUCUGGGAUCGAUUUUGAGCGCCUUGAAAUCCAUCAAUGCCUCUUGGAGAGAUCCGUCUAUGGAUCCAUACCCAUGUCUGAACCUUCCAGUCAUCGAGCAAGUCUAUAGACCCUCAAGCCACUUCCACGAAGCCCUCGAACAGUUACUUGAUGAUCUUCCGGGCCCACUGCGACUUGCGAACCUUGCUCAGAGGGACAGCGAUCUCCAGCUUGGUCCUGAGCGAGAGACGGCUGAACAGACUGCUUAUGCGAAUUGUCGUGCUAAUUUACUGAUCACUCAAGCUAUGACUCGAUUUGCUAUUCGCAAGUAUGCCAAGGCAAUAGGUGAUCUCGAUGUAGAGGGUGAUUGCAGUGAUUGGGCCGAGAGGGAUGUCUUGAGCCUACUGGAGCGAAUGUCGCCUACCAGCUUAGCCGCAAACGGGAAUGCCAUGCGAGUCAAGCUGUUGUUCGUCACUUCAUCAUUGAUGGAGAAGUAUCCUGUCAACACGGACGGCCACAACUACGUGGCAGACUUUCUGAAUGUAUACACUCGAGCGGCUGAAGAGCGGCGUCUUGCGAUACUCGACGAGGAAAGGCAUGUCGGGCAAACCGCUGAUCCAGGCAAGCACCGCUAGCAUUAUUUGAUGGUGUUUCCUCGCUUCAGUAUUCAGAUGUCCGGAUGUAUCCCCUGCAGACCCCGCCGUAGCCGUGAUAUCAUACAUCGAUGGCAAAGAAUGUGCAAAGACCCAUGCUGAGACCAUAGUAUCUAAGCCUCCUCUGUCCUCAGUUUUCCAGCAGAGUUAGUGACCCUGAGCGGAACCGUCAGCAUUGGCCCUGACCGGGGUGAAAACGGAAAAGA